AUGCAACCCUCCGCUGAGGCUGGGCUGCCUUUGCCCACAUACUGCAGUGUGGCCAGGACGCUGAAGGCCACUCCGCCCUGGGACCUCUCCUUCAGCUGCCCCUUGGCCCUGCGAGCGCCCUGCCUCCCCAGGCACUACACGCUCACAAGGAAUGAUUCUUAUCACCCUGGUCUCCACGCUGCUGACUCGGCAUGGCAGGGGCUCAGCCAGCCAGGAGAAGCUGGAGAUGCUGCUGGAAACUGGGUCCUGGCAAGAAGGAACCCAGAUGGCUUUUAUUACCUGGCUCAGAUAAAAGCCACUCCAGAGGUAGAGAGGCGAGGGGGCCUGGUUGUGAAAUUUGAGGCUCCCCUUGCCACAGGCCCAAAGCUGCCAGCCCAGUGGCAUAGUAUAGUGUUAGAAGAAGAUGUCAUUCGGUUCUCACCAUCUGUGGCAUACUCACUGCAACCCGGGGACAAAGUGCUGGCUCCCUGGGGACCGGACCGACAGCAGUAUGGCCCUGGCACUGUUCUCUCAGGCUUGGAGAGGAGAGGAGACUCACAGAGAGCACCAAAGGAAGAAGAAAUCACCGUUUACUUCUGGAAUGGCGUGACAGCUCAAGUGCCUCUAGCUGGGGUCAAGCGGGUGCCCCUCGCGGUCUGGAGGAGGGCUGUGGACAGGCUGCAGAAGCCUUGCAUGCAGGAGCACCCCGAACCCCUCUGGCCCCCUUGCUGCUCCCUGCUGAGGCCGGUCCCUGGAUGCCCCACCAAGGGGCCUCCUGCGGACCCUCCGUUUCUGUGCCCUUCAUGCCACCCCCAUGCCUGCUGCCAGCGGCUGUACCAGCGUUGCCUUUGCCGGUGCCCCCUGGCAGGCCCUACCUGGUGGCCUCUAACUAGGACGCCAGCGUUCACAGCUAGAGAAGUCCCAGACUCAGAACGGGAGCCCAAGGCACAGCUCCUGCCCCUAGAGGGUCCCAACGAUGAGGCAAGAGCAGAGUACUCUCCCAUGGCUGUCCCUUCCUUGUCCUCUUCUUCCGGGGAGGAAGAGGAUUCUGAGAAUAAUCUGGAGACGGGCCUUCCCCAGAGACCCAUGGUGGACAGAGCAGUCAACACUGACCCUGUCCUUCCCGUGAAGCCUGUGAGGCAGCGUGGCCCCUGCCCGCCCCCGUGGAGGUAUUGGAGAAGAACUGGGCCUGAGCCACGUUCGGGGGAAGCCAGGAACAAGAUGUUCUAACAUCUGAAAAGAAGAGAAGCACAAAAAGGAGAGAGUACUAACUGUGGUAGUGGGAGCUACACGAGCUAGUCCUGAAAGCAACUGUGUGAAGCCACGAGGAAGUUGAACAUCGAAAGUAAGAGGGGGGAAGCAUCAGAGGGAUGAGAUUUCCCCUUACACUAAAACCCCUGUAGA